UCAACCACAUUUCAGAUAACCGUGUGAAAGUUCAAUGUAGAGAGCGUUCAAAACAUGUAUCGUUACUAUGCUGCCGCUAGAAUUCUACUGGUAUUCAUUCCGUUUAUGGGCUAUAUACACCCAGACGAAUUUUUUCAAAGCGUGGAAGUUGUAGCCGGUAAAUUCUUGAACGUUGAACACAAACUGACAUGGGAAUUCAAUACCACCGCCCCAAUUCGAAGCAUGGCCUUGCCAUACUUCACUUUGGGUAUGUGCUACAAGAUGCUGCUGGGACUGGACUACAUUACCAAAGUCUUUUUAGGCAUCCCUAUGUUAACUUCAUAUUUUGCCAUCUUAAUCCCCCGAUUGUUCAUGUGUUUAACCACGUUUGUCGUCGACUUUUCCCUGUACAAAAUUUGCAGCAACAACAAUGAAAAGUGUAAAUCUAGACUGGUUAUUUUAUCCACUUCUUACGUUCUCUUCACUUAUGGCACUCGGACUUUUUCCAACUCUUUCGAAAUGUGUUUGUUUGCAAUGCUCCUAUAUUAUGUCUCCGAAAGUCUCACUUUUUCUAAUCAAAUCUUGAGAAAGAAGGAAUAUGUGCAAUAUAGAUAUUCCAAGUCCAAAAGCAUUCCGGAAAGGGCGAAAUUUCACAAGUUGAAUCUCUAUUUGAAGACUGAUUCUUUGAGGAACUGUUUCCAGAUAAGCUCGAUCGUUGUUAUUGGUGUUUUUAACCGCCCUACUUUUUUAGUUUACUCCAUGAUGCCAAUUUUUUUCUGGCUCUAUCGUGGUAUAGGAAGUAGGGUCAUAAGUAACAUCCAUUUCCACUUGAGGAUUUUAGCACUUGUUGUUUGUGCCCUUCCUGUAUUAUUGUUUGUUGUACUCGUAGAUUCAUUUUAUUACGGGUAUAUUUCUUGGGGUGAAAUAGGAAUGUUGGAUGUUUCCAUCAACAGUUUCGUUUUCACCCCCUGGAAUUUUUUUAAAUACAAUACUAAUGUGCAGAAUUUAAAGCAACACGGUAUACACCCUAAAUAUUUACACUUUCUUGUUAAUAUGCCUUUAUUAUUCAGCAUACUCGCUGUGGCUCAUCUAUACAACCUCGGAUUUUACUUCCACAGGCUCACCCAAAGCAAAUACAGCUACCUGCCUUUGAUUCGAAGCAUUAAGGGUCUAAUGACAGUUUCCACGCUUUUACCAUUAUCCCUGCUAUCUUUAUUCCCUCACCAAGAACCCAGGUUCUUGAUCCCUCUCCUCCUUCCGUUAGUUUACCUUUACGGUACCAAAAUUCUCCCAGAGAAACAAAGCGACAUAAUAAAGGCAGACCCGACUUCGUUCAAGGCUACAAGGGUGAAUAAAAUGUCAAACAUUUUCUAUGGCACCUGGCUGAUGAUCAACUUCACCCUCAUGAUAUUCUAUGGUUACUUGCACCAAGGGGGCGUCGUCUCCGCUAUGUCCCACCUCUCGAGCAUCACGGGGAGGUACGACAGAUCGGUGGAAAUACACUUGUUUUCUAGCCACAAUUACAUGUUGCCCCAAUUUCUCCUGCUUCAACGGAAGACCACGUUGAAAAUCGAGGAUUUUGUCAGCGACAUGGAGGCUUAUAAGCAAAGGGUGCACGUUUACGACGAGGGAUCUAGAGAGCUGGAAUUCCUCACCAAAAAGAUCCAGGUUGUUUAUAAUACUCGAAGAAUGUCGAGGGGUAGAUUCAAAACGUACCUGCUCAUCCCCAGCAGUCUCAGCUCUGAUAUGCAGAGAUUGAUCGGAGGUACCAAUCUGGGCUUGACCAAGAUUAAGGGUUUUUAUCCGCAUGUUGUCAUUGAGGUCUUGCCGAAAAUUAUGGCUUAUUAUGUAGAUCUUGUAGAGGUGUUUGAUUUUGGAAUUUUCAGUGAUUUUCAUAAGGCUCAGAUGUUUGUUGCUAAGUUGGUGGAAUUUUUCGAGUUGGAUUUGUAUGAAAUUUCCGAGAAAUACUUUAUUCAUGGUGAUAAGAUGAUCUCGCUGGAUAAAAGAUGAGACUUUGAACCAUAUCGGGGAUUUUGAAUGAUUUGUAAAGCACAACUUUUUAAGUCUUAAGAUGAUUAUUAUUAUUACUCCAGUUGCAAUUUUAAGCUCGCAAUUGAAUUCUUACUGAUUGAUGGGCUCUAAUCUUGGCACUAUUUUUAAUCUGAGCAUUCCAAAUAUGUAUAUUGUUAUGGUAA